AUGAGCCGUCGCUUGUCCUCGGGCGUUCCAAACGCAUACAGCGGGGGGUUUAGCGAAACGAUUCAGAGACAGCUUGAAAGGGUCAACCUUCCUGACAAGAUCAAGUGUAAAACUUGCCACAAAUGGCGCCUCAUUGCGUCCUUUUCCAAGAGACAGUUGAACAUUGUGCGCCAUGCCGUUCAUGAGCAGGGGAAUAGAGCCCUGUCCACCGGCCACGCAUCCUGCCUCACUUGUACCAAUGGGCAAAUCACGGAGCUCACGUGCAUAGUCUGCGAGCAGACCAAAGCGCUUGAUGGGUUUGCAAACAACCAGCGGAAGGAGCACGAGAAUGCGCGUUGCCUGCGUUGCGUCCAAGGACAUGCAGAUGCAGAGCCUGUCGUCGAUGAGAACAAGCUGCUCACCGACAGCGAGUUUUCGACUACUCUUACUGCCAGCCAUGCAGCAUCUCUGUCUGGGUCUACUCGGCCCUUCACUAGCUCUACCCAAGCAUCUGCUCUCAAUGGAUACACGACCGCGGAGGAGAACAACUCGAUGCGCACCAUCAGCCUCGGGGGAAACAACUCCGUUGAAAUUGAGCGCCAUGACGCUGCCACCGAUGGAGUAUCUGUCCACUCGCGCUGGGAAGCGUGGGGUCUGACUGCUUCCAGAGCUCCUAGUACCGUCGCCACCGAUGACAGACACAGAAAUUUUGCUAAAAUCAAGGCGUGGAAGCCCGAACCUAUCAAAGAAAACGUUGCGGUGAGGGCCCCAGUCACGAAGACCGAGGACCACGACAAUGGAUAUGAAGAGGAAGACGAAGAGUGGGAACUUUGA